AUGGACGAGUUCCAUCACCAUCCUCUCCUUGACGACGACGAAGAUGAUGAACAGCCUUCUUCUUCAUAUCCACAACAACAAUCAGACAAUGAACAGCAAGAUACCACCACAAUAAAACAAUCUCCUUCUUCUUCUUCGCCACAACAACAGCAACAACAACAACAACAACAACUAUCCACGUCUCAAAAACGACAACCCCUAAUCAACAAGUUCCCUGCAUUGCACAAUGAAAAGUAUCCUUCUCAAUUGAGUCGCGAUCUACUAUCGACCAACAACUUUGAUCGCAAUCUCACUGUGGAGAAAGCGCGCUUUGAACCACCACAACUUAUCUCUCCCACAACAAGUGGUACUUCACCCACGACGAUCCCUUCACCUUCACCUCUUCCACCACCUCUUGGAUCCGAGGACCCUUUUUCGAUACAAUCACCUUUAAAUCAUGGAGUUCCGGAUGAAUCGAUAUUAUCAUCAUCAGCUGAGGGCCGGUAUCCAGCUACAUUUUCAUCCGCAUCUACCACGGGAGGUGGUGGUGGUGGUGGUGGUGGAUACUAUCCCAGUAUGACUGAUAUGGGUAGUGAGAGUGACCGUAACAAAAGUCGAAGAUUGAGUAACACCAAGAAACGGCGACGUCCUCCGCCCAUGCAUGGUAGUGCUAGUCCUUCUGAAGUGUUUCAUCGUAACCUGAUUGAUGCCGUUUAUAAUGUGGAAGAUUCGGAUGAAAAUGAACGCUAUGUUUAUCCAUACGACAAUGCCACACGAUCAACAAGUGGGGUACCUGAACGCCCGUUCCUGUACCGUAUUCAUACGAUGCCAACUCAACAUAACAAGAACCCUUGGCUCAACAAUAAUUGGCUUCCACCCGAGCAUCGUCCCAAAUUAAGAAACCAUGUGAUUGACCAUCCAUAUCAUCAUCACCAUCAUCGCUCUUCAAAGCAUCAUCAUGAUCAUCCUACCGCUUACCUUUCGAGACAUCACCAUCAUCAUCAUCAUUCACCUCGGCGUAAUCGUAUCAAUAUAUACAACAAUCGUGAUGGAGGAUACACCAGUGAUGAUGAUGAAGCUUUACCUUUGUUACGUGUGGGUCGACAAUCACGAUCAUCUUCCAAACGUCAAUCAUGGUGUAGGAGAUGGUGUAUCAAUCUAUCACUUGGGUUCCUGGUCGCUAUUCUAUUUUUCUUUUUGGUAACGGUGUAUCGUGCCACACCCCUGACUGACAUGUCUGUGGAACUGGGCCGGGUGCUUGCUUCCGAUAAAGAGCUUAUCUUUGAUUUGCAAGUACAUGCCAACAACUGGAAUUGGUGGACCGUACGCAUCGCUCAAUCGGAUAUUGCUGUAUUCGCCUUUAGCUCGCUUGUUCCCCUUGACAACGCCAUCAACAGCAGCAGCAGCAGCAACAAUAACAACAACACCCUCACCAUCACAGCUGAUCCUGCAGAAUACCUUGGAAGCUUUUAUCAUUUUGAUGAACCUCUUUCCUUUCCACCCACGUUUAUGACAGGCAACCCAUCCACAGCCAUCUCACAAAUUCGCAUCAAAUCACCCGGUGCUGAUAAGAGUGGUGCUGAACGGUGGUCACGUCUCAUACGUUAUCCUUAUGGCCUCGUCACUCGUGGCAUCCUCAAAUAUACCUCGAUACCCUAUGUUGCCUUAUACCCACAAUCCACUGCCAUUUGUAAUGUCGCUCACGUUGAUCCUACUACUGGCACCGUUUCUGAUAAGAAACCCGAUGAAGCUUAUUGUCCUAGAGAUCCUGACCCAUCAUCAUCAUCACUUGCAUAG